UUGUACAGAGCUUUCUGUCUCAUGAUGGUUCCUGGAACCAUAUCGUGUGAGUUUCUCUAUCUUCACUGUCACAGUGAAGAGGGAAGCACCACUGAACUUCUUUUUUCAGGUCUCAGUAUCUGGGGCUAAUUUCAAGAGAAACUGGUGGGUGGAGUGAUGAGUUGGGGGUUCUCUGAAGUUAUUCUUGUCUUGUUGCUGAUACAAUUGCUACAGUUGAACCCAAUGGUGUAAGCAAUUCUUGGAUAAUGGAUUAAAAUGAGGCAAUUUCUAGGGUUUUGAGGGUCGAGAAAUGCAUAAAGAAGACGGGUAACAUUGAUACCAUCUUGCACGAACGAGGCUGCAGUGCAUAGGGUGACAUCUAAUACCCUUUUCUACUGAUGCAGACUUUCCCUUGCUGCAAUAUUGUAGAAUCACAUGUAAGGGAGAAAGUAAAAUCCAAUGGAAGCAUCCCAGACACCAUAUCGACCUAACAGCAUCAACACAUCUGCCUCAUCUCAUAACAUUGUAAGGUGUAAUGCAGAUGGACAUGCAAUUAAUCUCUUUCAGGGGCCUGGUUUCCCAGGCCGGAAGAAAAGAGGGCAUGGAAGCCGCUCUUGGAUAGAAAUCGAUCAGAAUGGGAACUCAAAGACCUUGGAGCUUGAUAAGGCAGCUCUUAUGAGAUAUUGUUCUUUGCCUGCUAGAGAUCUCCGCCUUUUGGACCCUUUAUUCAUUUAUCCUUCUACAAUAUUAGGCCGGGAGAAGGCUAUUGUGGUCAAUCUUGAACAAAUUAGGUGUAUAAUCACAGCUGAAGAGGUUAUCCUGAUGAAUUCCUUGGAUGGUUGUGUUGUUCAGUAUAAGUCAGAAUUGUGCAAACGUCUUCAAAAUAAUAAAGAUCAAGCUGAUGACUUGCCUUUUGAAUUUCGGGCACUGGAGCUGGCUUUGGAACUAACAUGCAUGUCUCUUGAUGCUCAGGUUAAAGAGCUGGAAAUGGAGAUAUAUCCCGUGCUAGAUGAACUAGCAUCAUCCAUUAGCACUCUUAAUCUAGAACGUGUUCGUAGAUUCAAAGGACACCUUCUUGCUCUUACUCAACGAGUUCAAAAGGUUCGUGAUGAAAUAGAACAUCUCAUGGAUGAUGAUGGUGACAUGGCUGAGAUGUACCUGACAGAAAAGAAACAGAGAAUGGAGGCUUAUCCCUGGAAUGACCUACAUUCACUGAGUAAUGUGUCAGGUGGGACCAGAGUGCUACCAGCAUCUGCACCCGUUUCACCGGUGGAGUCGAUCAGUGGAUCCCAGAGAUUGCAAAGGGCUUUUAGCACUAUAAUGAAUUCAAGCAAACAUGGAAGCUUUACGGGUUCAUCUAAUAAUGGGGAAAAUAUUGAACAACUUGAAAUGCUACUUGAAGCAUAUUUUGUUUUCAUCGACAAUACUCUCAACAAGUUGUUAUCGCUCAAGGAAUACAUUGAUGAUACUGAAGACUUGAUCAACAUUAAACUUGGCAAUGUUCAGAACCAGCUCAUACAAUUCGAGUUGCUUCUGACAGCGGCCACCUUCGUGGCCACAAUAUUUGCUGCAGUGACAGGAGUGUUUGGAAUGAACUUCACAGCCACAAUUUUUGAUUACCCGUCAGCAUUUAACUGGGUACUGGUUAUCACUGGAGUUAUCUGUGGCUUCUUAUACUUCUCUUUCUUGUUGUAUUUCCGGCACAAGAAAGUUUUUCCAUCAUAGCUUGCUGUGUAAAUAACUCCAUUUCAGAUUAUUACUGCCAUUAAAUGAUAAUUCUGAGCUUCUUAUCUUUGAACCAUAGUUUCUCCGAAGCUGUUCCUGUGAUAAAAUUUAAUGCUUUUGGAGCAAUGUGGUUCUGUGCUUGUAUGCUCCAUUGGCACAAUUCUUUUCCCAUUCUAUCUCCCUUUUUUCUUCCUUGUGGCUGGACUAUUCUCCUACUUUAAAGGGAAAGCUCAUUCAACCCACAUUAAACUUCAAGAAAGGCUUGUUGAGAAUGUAUUUGCCUUAUACAGUUGUGGAUUUAAUAUAUGAAAUUCAAGGAAGUUUUACUAGA